CAAGGAAGAAGGUUGUUGCAGAAAGAGGGAGAGAAAGCAGAGUUGGUCAUCGGAAAUGGUGUCAAUGGUUGUUGAAGCGAAAUCGAUUAAGUUGUUGUGUGCUCUGCUUCUCUUCAUUCUUAUGUUGAACUGCUUCGAGGAGUUUAUAUCUGAAGCCCAACUCUUACCGGAUGAGGAAGUACAGACGCUCCAGAAAAUAUCAACCAAGUUAAAUUACAACAGACAUUGGAACGUCAGCCGAACUUCCUGUACUGGAGGUUUUAUUAAUUUGUAUCGCUAUGCUUGGAAUAUCCUCAGCAAUAUCACCUGCAACUGUUCCUUCAACAACAACACUCUUUGCCAUGUUACAGAAAUUCAGAUGGAGGCUAUGAACCUCACUGGAGUUCUACCUGAUGAAUUUGCGGAUCUUCCAUAUUUGAGUAAGAUAAUUCUUUUCCGCAACUGUCUCCAUGGGGCCAUUCCUGUGAGUUGGGCUCGGAUCCCUCUAGUCACCAUAGGCCUUAUUGGAAACCGCAUUAGUGGAUCAAUUCCAGCGGCACUUGCUGACAUUGAAACGCUUGAGGAGCUGCUCUUGGAGGAUAAUCAGCUUGGAGGAACUAUUCCUCCGCAACUUGGUAAUUUAAGCCGGUUGAAGAGAAUUCUUCUUUCUGCAAACAAUAUCACAGGGCCAUUACCAGAAACACUUGGAAAUCUGAAGAACUUGACAGAUUUUAGGAUAGAUGGGAAUGGUGUAUCUGGGAGGAUACCUAAUUUCAUUGGGAACUGGGCAAAACUUCAAUAUCUCAACAUGCAAGCAACAUCCUUGGAGGGCCCUAUUCCCUCUGCAAUCUCCCUCUUGAAAAACCUAAUUCAACUGAGGGUGACCGACUUGAAUGGACCAGAGAUGACUUUCCCUGACCUCAGUGGCAUGAAAUCCAUGAUUGAUUUGAUACUCAGAAACUGCAUGAUUAUAGGCCAAAUCCCUGACUACAUAGAAAAAGUGAUGGUAAAUAUAACAAGAUUAGAUCUGUCCUCCAAUAAACUGAAUGGUGAAAUUCCUGCAAAUUUUCAGAGUUUGUCAAAACUAAAAUACCUGUAUCUCACUAACAACUCACUAACUGGAUCUGUACCAGCUUGGAUCAUGGAUAGCAAAAAAUUUAUAGACAUAUCUUAUAACAAUUUUACAGGAUACUCUCCCGUACCCAGUUGUCAGCAAACAAAUGUGAAAACUAUUGCUAGUUAUUCAUCUUCAGAAGACAACUUAGUCAAUUGGUGCCUGAAGAAGGACCUCCCCUGCCCUAGUAAACCCAAAUACCAUUCCUUGUUCAUUAAUUGUGGUGGCCCUAAGAUAGUAAUUCAUGGGGAAGAAUAUGAAGAAGACUUGACACAGAUGGGUCCAUCUCAAUUCUACCAUUCUAGUGACAGAUGGGCUUGUAGCACUACAGGAGACUACUUGUUCAAUGAUAAAGCCAGCUUCGUUAUCCAAGCAAAGAGUCCACUCAACACAACUGAUUCAGAAUUAUACAUGACAGCUCGCCUUUCCCCUCUUUCACUCAAAUACUAUGGGCUCUGUUUACACAAGGGAAGUUAUACUGUGAAGCUCCACUUUACUGAAAUUAUGUAUACAGAUGACCAGACAAUUAGCAGUCUUGGAGAGCGGAUAUUUGAUGUAUCAGUCCAAGGAAAAGUAUGGUUGAAGGAUUUUAAUAUUGCCAAAGAAGCUAAUGGUACUGGUAAGAGUAUUAUUCAGGAAUUUAAAGAUGUUGUUGUUAAUGGUAGCAAUCUGGAGAUUCAUUUAUACUGGUCAGGAAAAGGGACUAGUGUCCUUCCAGAUAGAGGAUUAUAUGGACCCCUUAUAUCAGCUAUUACAGUGACACCAAACUUCAACCCUGAUAUCGGGCUACCUGUUGGGGAUAUUGUUGGCAUUGUAGCUGCUGCAUUAGUAGUUCUUGUAUUGAUUUUUGUAUUCCUUUGGAUGAAGGGUUACCUCGGAGGAAAGAAACUUGAAGACAAAGAACUUAGAGGCCUAGAGCUACAUACAGAUUAUUUCAGUUUAAAACAAAUUAAAGCUGCAACUGGGAACUUUGACCCUGCAAAUAAGAUAGGUGAAGGUGGCUUUGGACCUGUUUAUAAGGGUAUACUGUCAGAUGGUACUGUAAUUGCUGUCAAACAGCUCUCCCCAAAAUCAAAGCAGGGGAACCGUGAGUUUGUAAAUGAGAUAGGCAUGAUAUCUGCAUUACAGCACCCAAAUCUUGUGAAGCUCAUAGGAUGUUGUAUUGAAGGAGACCAGCUAUUAUUAAUAUAUGAAUACAUGGAGAAUAAUAGCCUUGCCCAUGCUUUAUUUGGUAGUGAGGAGCAUCAACUAAUGCUAGACUGGCCAACAAGGCGAAAGAUUUGCCUAGGGAUUGCACGAGGCCUAGCUUACCUGCAUGAAGAGUCAAGGCUCAAGAUUGUCCACAGAGACAUAAAGGCAACCAAUGUGCUUCUUGACAAGGAUCUUAAUGCUAAGAUAUCUGACUUUGGUUUGGCUAAACUUAAUGAAGAUGGGAACACCCAUAUCAGCACUAGAAUAGUUGGAACCAUAGGAUAUAUGGCUCCUGAAUAUGCAAUGAAGGGUUAUUUGACUGAUAAAGCAGAUGUUUACAGCUUUGGAGUUGUCUUGUUAGAGAUUGUAAGUGGAAAGAGCAAUACAAAUUAUAGGCCAAAGGAGGAUUUCCUUUAUCUUCUCGACUGGGCCUAUUUUUUACAAAAGGAGGGGAAUCUUUUAGAGCUUGUUGAUCCUAUCCUCAAAUCAAACUAUCCUAAAAAAGAGGCAUUGAGGAUAUUGAGUUUGGCUCUUUUAUGCACUGAUCCAUCUCCUUCCUUCAGACCAGCCAUGUCCACUGUUGUGAGCAUGCUCGAAGGAAAAAUUGCAGUCCAAGCUCCACUUGUCAAGCAAGGCUCAGUAAAUAAUGAAUUCAAAACCUUUGAGCAGAUUUCAUAUGGCAACCUAUCAAAUGUAUCAAAAAUGUCUCAGGAAAGCCAGAUGCCAAUAAGCAUAUCAGUGGAUGACCCAUGGAUUGAUUCUUCUGUAUCUUUCCAGAACAGAGAAGAGAGUAGAGACCAGUCUGAUGAAAUCAAACUUAUGCCUGAUGUUAUUGAUAUUUAAAUGGAGUACCAUUGACA